ACAGCUAUAAUGGGUGACAGUUGUUUUAUUAUUCAUAAAAUGGAGUGUCCAAAGCGUAUUCAGAGAACACAAUUACUGCCAAUUACUGCCUAAUUUCCUUUUACGGUAUCAUGCAUACAAAUCUGAAGAGAUUUUUUCAUUUAUUUAAUUUAUUUAUUAUUUUAUUAUAAUCAACUUAUUUCUUUUCAAACACUACCAAUACAACUUUUCUAUCUCUCUCCUGUUCAUUUCAAGUCUAAGCCUCUUCAAUCUAUUUUCCUCUUAGCCUUGCAGCAAUAGAGAUCAAGAAACGACUUAUACAAUAACGAUUGAAGUGUCAAAAGAGAACAAUAAUUGCCCCUUCCUUCUUCUCUUUCUCCUCUUUCUUUUCCAUCUUUUUCUUCAUCAUUCUUCCAUGUCUAAUUAUGUUUUGUUUUUUGUUGGUUGAGAUCUUGAUAAUACAGAUCUAAGGUUGAGUUAAAAUUGUUUUUUAAUUUAUGCUGUAUUCCGAAUUUUAAUCCUUUGGAUUUGUGUUUGUUUUGAAAUUUUGGUUGUAGCCUGACCCGUAUAUAUCCAUCCGUUGAACCCGCGACCCGCUUGAACCGAACCCGUUUAAACCGAAGUCCAAAAAUGGUUCGGUGUGGACUGUAAUUCGUCACCCGUGGAUUGGACCGGGUGAUGGUUUUGGGCCCAAACCCGCCCGACCCGAACCGUUGUCCACCCCUAGAUAUUAGUAUUUAGAAGGAAAAAAAGAAUGUACCAGAAAAGAAAAACUAGAAAAAUAGAGGAAGCUUGCGGCGGGAAAAUAAAAAGGAAAAAAGCAAACAAAAACUAGGAAACCAAAAGUAAAAAGCAAUCAAGUUUAAAUCAUUUUUUAGGAGCCGAAAGCGCACAAGCAGCAAAGCGUUUAAUUUCCAACCCCUCUCUAUUUCUCUCUGUUUUCAUUUUAUUUUUCAUUUUCUAAUAAUCUUUCUCUCAAAAAGAGAGAGAGAGAUUGAAAACAGAAUUAUGAAACCACAAACCGCUUCGAGAAACAGCGAUCCAGUGUUCACUCGCAAAUAGAUCUGCAUUUUCUCCUUCUUCUUCUUCUUCUCAGUACAGGGGAAUAGAAUAAAAGAUCUUAAUUGAAUGUCGUCCAUUUCUUGUCUGCUCCAUUCAUUCAUGUACCGCGUACUCGCGUAGCAUUGCUGUGUUGAAGAAGGUAUGGAAACAGGGGAGAGCAACAAUGGUAAUGAGAGGAGAAUCAUAUCCAAUGAUUCUUCAUGGCUCAGUCAAUUCCGAAAUGCAUCCAAUCCUUGGAUGGCAAGAUAUGCCUAUGCCUUGAUUUUUCUUGUGUCGAAUCUGUUGGCAUGGGCUGCUCGUGACUAUGGUCAUGGUGCUUUAACUGAAAUGGAAAGAUUAAAAGGAUGCAAUGGUGGAAAAGACUGUUUGGGUGCUGAAGGUGUUUUGCGUGUGAGCUUGGGUUGCUUUAUAUUCUAUAUCAUAAUGUUUUUGUCAACUGCUGGCACUUCAAAACUGAACCAAAAGAAAGACACAUGGCACUCUGGAUGGUGGUUAGUUAAGAUUGUUUUUUGGGUUGUCAUGACUGUCAUCCCAUUUUUUCUUCCUACUGGCUUUAUUCAAAUUUAUGGGGAGGUAGCGCAUUUUGGUGCCGGGGUUUUCCUCCUAAUUCAACUAAUAAGCAUAAUCAGCUUCAUCACAUGGCUGAAUGAUUGCUGUGCAUCUGAAAAAUAUGCAGCACGUUGCCAAAUUCAUGUGAUGUUGUUUGCCACAACUGCAUAUGUCGUCUGUUUGGUGGGGAUCAUUUUGAUGUACAUUUGGUAUGCACCAGAGCCUUCUUGCCUUCUCAACAUUUUCUUCAUUACUUGGACUCUGGUACUUGUCCAACUCAUGACCAGUGUGUCUCUGCACCCAAAAGUUAAUGCCGGCAUUCUAACUCCAGGGCUGAUGGGGCUUUACGUUGUCUUCCUUUGCUGGUGCGCUAUUAGAAGUGAACCUGCUGGAGAAAACUGCAUUAGGAAGUCAGACACUGCAACCAAAACAGACUGGCUAAGCAUAAUUAGCUUUGUUGUUGCAAUACUUGCAAUUGUUAUUGCGACAUUUUCAACAGGCAUAGAUUCCAAAUGCUUCCAGUUCCGGAAGGAUGAUACACCAGCCGAGGAUGAUGUACCAUAUGGUUAUGGCUUCUUCCAUUUUGUUUUUGCCACGGGAGCAAUGUAUUUUGCCAUGCUAUUAGUUGGAUGGAAUAGUCAUCAUGCUAUGAGAAGAUGGACAAUUGAUGUGGGCUGGACCAGCACCUGGGUCAGAAUAGUAAAUGAAUGGCUGGCAGUCUGUGUUUAUUUAUGGAUGCUGGUAGCUCCGAUGAUAUGGAAGUGUAGACAAGCUGGUUCUACUUGAGAAAGUCGAAACCUAACCAUUCUAGUUAUGAAAUUUUGUUGAGAAUUAAGAUAUUCAGACAGUCCCAAAUCUCAGGUGUACAUAUAGGGGACUCCUCCAGCUCUGCAGUCUGCAGAUACGAAAAAGAAUUGCAAUUACAAUCAUUCAGGAAAUUCUUAAUGGACACCGCACUGGACAGAAGCAAUGUUUCUGGCACAAAUGCACGCAUACUGGUUGGAUUAGAUUCGUGCAAUUUCCGCAUGAAGAUAUGCAGUCCUUUCUCUUUAUGAAGUGAUUAACAAUGAAAACUACACUCUUACCUGUAAAUGUGUCAGUGAGAGAGCAUAAUAUUAUGCAAAACAAUUUAGUAUAUGCCUUUUUAGAUCAUGAUUUUUUGAAUUAUCAAUCUCAUUUGAUAGUUUUUCUG